CAUCCCCCCCACACCACACCCAUAUCUUCCUUCCUACAACCUCCGCAACUUUACAACAAUGUCCUGAACAAUCCCUCCUCUAACACUCUCAUUUCUCCAGCACUCCGAACCGACCGACGACUACGACUACAGCGACUACAAUCCAGCAGCAGCAGAACCACCAGACCCAGCGAAUGCACCAACCCCACACUACACCCACCACACCAUGGCCCCCCGCCGCAACCGCCUCCUCUUCGUCCUCGUCCUCACCGCCGUAGUAGGUAUCCUCUACCUAACCUCCUCCUCCCGCGCGGUCGCAACGCACGAUUUCUACGCCCGCACCCGUUCCCGCCUCGAGACCGACGGCAAAGGCGGUAGUGGUAGCACCAGCGGGAGUGGAAGCGGCAGCUCCUUGGAUAAAAUCACACCCCAGCGCAAGGCUAGCGGAGGGGGAGAUGACGAUGAAGUCGCUGAGGCGAUGAGUAGGCGCCUCAUGGACGCAGAGGUCGCGGCGAAGGAGAUGGCUAAUAAGAAGGCGCCGACGAGGGAGAGUGUUAUGGGUGAUGAUGGUGGGGUUGCGGGGGACAAGGAUAAGGGGAAGAUUGGGAAGUUGAGUGGGAAGCAGGGGAAGGCCGAGGGGCAGAAGGUUGUUACGCCGCCGAAGGAGAUAGUUAAGGAUAGUGGGAAGGGAGCGAAGGAUAGGAAUGUGGCGGGGAGGAAGAAGUAUCCUAUCGCCGAGGAGGGGAAGACGGUGGUGAAGGAGGAGGAGAAGGUGGACGAUUCGGAUGAGGCGGUUACGGUGGAGAUGAAUAGUAUUCUCAAGAUGUCUCCCAUCAUCAUAUUCUCCAAAUCCUACUGCGGCUUCUCCCGCAAAGCCAAACAGAUCCUCCUAACAAAAUACCUCAUAACACCAACCCCCUACGUCGUAGAACUCGACAAGCACCCUCUCGGCCCCGCUCUGCAGGCCCGACUAGCAACUAUGACGGGGAGAAAGACGGUGCCGAAUGUGUUGGUGAAGG